UGUGUCCUCCGGAGCUUGCUUUUCUGCAAAAUGUUGCGAUUUUUAAAGCGGCCUCUAGUGGUGACUGCUCACAUUAACUUGAACUUGGUGGCUCUGACUGGCCUGGGACUACUGACCAGACUGUGGCAGCUCUCCUACCCUCGGGCUGUAGUUUUUGAUGAAGUAUACUAUGGCCAGUACAUUUCCUUUUACAUGAAGCGCAUAUUCUUUCUGGAUGACAGUGGACCACCGUUUGGCCACAUGCUAUUGGCCUUAGGAGGUUAUUUAGGAGGAUUCGACGGUAACUUUUUAUGGAACCGAAUUGGAGCAGAAUACAGCAGCAACGUGCCAGUGUGGUCCUUGCGCCUGCUGCCAGCCCUUGCGGGGGCUCUGUCAGUACCCAUGUCCUACCAGAUCGUGUUGGAGCUCCACUUUUCCCACUGUGCUGCCAUGGGAGCCGCCCUGCUAAUGCUCAUUGAAAAUGCCCUGAUCACUCAGUCCAGGCUCAUGCUGUUGGAAUCCUUACUGAUAUUCUUUAACCUCUCAGCUGUGCUGUCCUAUCUGAAGUUCUUCAACUCCCAAAAACACAGCCCUUUCUCACCGAACUGGUGGCUGUGGCUAAUGCUGACCGGGGUCUCUUGUUCCUGCGCCAUUGGUAUCAAAUACAUGGGAAUUUUUACCUACUUGCUAGUGCUCAGCAUUGCAGCUGUCCAUGCCUGGAACCUGAUCGGAGAUCAGACCUUGUCACAUAUGCGCGUGUUUGGUCACUUGAUCGCCAGAGCAGUGGCCCUACUGAUCAUCCCGGUUUUCCUGUACUUACUAUUCUUCUAUAUCCACCUAAUGCUGCUCUAUCGCUCUGGGCCCCAUGACCAAAUCAUGUCCAGCGCUUUCCAAGCCAGCUUGGAGGGAGGGCUAGCCCGCAUCACCCAGGGCCAGCCCCUGGAGGUGGCCUUUGGUUCCCAGGUCACUCUGAGGAACGUCUUCGGCAAACCCUUGCCUUGCUGGCUUCAUUCCCACAAGAACACCUACCCUAUGAUAUAUGAGAACGGCCGUGGCAGCUCCCACCAGCAGCAGGUGACCUGUUACCCCUUCAAAGACAUCAAUAACUGGUGGAUCAUAAAGGACCCUGGGAGACAUCAGCUGGUGGUAAACAACCCUCCCAGGCCUGUACGCCAUGGAGACAUUGUACAGCUUGUUCACGGCAUGACCACCCGCCUCCUUAACACGCAUGAUGUUGCAGCCCCACUGAGUCCUCACUCUCAAGAAGUCUCCUGUUACAUCGACUAUAACAUCUCCAUGCCUGCUCAGAACCUCUGGAGGCUGGACAUUGUGAACAGAGAGUCCAGCCGGGAUACCUGGAAGACCAUCUUGUCGGAAGUGCGCUUCAUGCAUGUGAACACGUCUGCCAUCUUGAAGCUGAGCGGGGCUCACCUCCCUGACUGGGGAUUUCGGCAGUUGGAGGUGGUUGGGGAGAAGUCACGAGGCCACCACGAGAGCAUGGUGUGGAAUGUGGAGGAACACCGGUAUGGCACAAGCCAAGAGCAGAAGGAGAGGGAGCUGGAGCUGCAUUCACCUACUCAGGUUGAUAUUAACAGGAACCUCAGCUUCAUGGCCAGAUUCUCGGAACUACAGUGGAAGAUGCUGACACUGAAGAAUGAGGAUUCUGAACACAAGUACAGCUCCACCCCGCUGGAGUGGGUCACCCUGGACACCAACAUCGCCUACUGGCUACAUCCCAGGACCAGUGCUCAGAUCCACUUGCUUGGCUGGGCUUCAGCUAGCCUUGCCACAGUGGCCUACACCCUACUCUUCUUCUGGUACCUGCUCCGCCGACGAAGGAGCAUCUGUGACCUCCCUGAGGACACCUGGUCCCACUGGGUGCUGGCUGGAGCCCUAUGUACUGGCGGCUGGGCGCUCAACUACCUGCCCUUCUUCCUGAUGGAGAGGAUUCUCUUCCUUUACCACUACCUGCCGGCACUCACCUUCCAGAUCCUGCUGCUGCCAAUUGUCCUGCAGCAUGUCAGCGACCACCUGUGCAGGUCCCAGCUGCAGAGGAAUGUCUUCAGUGCCCUGGUUGUAGCCUGGUAUUCCUCUGCAUGCCAUGUGUCCAACAUGCUGCGUCCACUAACUUAUGGGGACACGUCACUCUCACCAGGAGAACUUCGGGCCCUUCGCUGGAAAGACACCUGGGACAUUCUGAUCAGGAAGUACUAGAGAACAAGACAAGCAUGCAAACAGGAUCUAAAAACUGUGUUUGUCUCCCACCAGCAGAGGCCGCAGCAGGCAGGGACUGGCUGGGUCCAGUAAGGACUCCAGGGAUUAAUUGUGGUUUCACCUGAGGAUCCCUGUCCAUGGAUUUCUCAUUUGAAGAGAUUUAUUCCUCCUCACACAGUGAAGAAUAUACCCUGCCAUAGCCUCACCCAGGAAGCCUGACUCUGACCCAGCCAGUGUUUGAGCUGACAGGAACCACAAAGGCAGGCAGGAGCACCCAGCCAGCAAUGGAGUGGACAGGACUCGUGAUGAGCCUGAGCCUUCCCGCCAGCUGUGGGCCACCAAUGAGGUCUUAGCCCUGCCUUUUACAAGGCCUUCAGUCACCCCAAACAACUCGCUGUCUGCAGGCACAGCUGACCUUUGUAAAGCCUACUUGGAAAUCUGACAGUGUAUUAACACCAGGACUUCUCACUGAUCUGUAUUUUAAAACCCCUUCUGGGAGAUUUCACCAAGCGUCUUCACCUGUCUUCACAGCCAAGAUGUCAUCCAUACACUUCCUUGCCUUGAAUUUGCCUUUCCUAAUGUAAAUAAAAAGGAACAAAUUGAUAGUCA